GCCGUCGCCCAUCCGGCCCCGGCGUCGGUUUGGGGGAGUCGCGGCGCGGGAUCGGCACCAUGUACCCCCAGGGCAGGCACCCGACCCCGCUGCAGUCGGGCCAGCCCUUCAAGUUCUCGAUCUUGGAGAUCUGCGACCGCAUCAAGGAGGAAUUCCAGUUUCUGCAGGCGCAGUACCACAGCCUCAAGCUGGAGUGUGAGAAGUUAGCAAGUGAGAAGACUGAAAUGCAGCGGCAUUAUGUUAUGUACUACGAGAUGUCCUACGGGCUCAACAUCGAAAUGCACAAACAGGCGGAGAUCGUGAAGCGCCUCAGCGGCAUCUGUGCUCAGAUCAUCCCCUUUCUCACCCAGGAGCACCAACAGCAGGUGCUCCAGGCCGUGGACCGAGCCAAGCAGGUGACGGUGGGGGAGCUGAACAGUCUCAUUGGGCAGCAGCAGCUCCAGCCUCUGUCCCACCACACCCCUGCCGUGCCCCUCACACCGCGCCCCACUGGACUGCUGGCCCUGUCUGGGGCUCUGGCUGCCCAGGCCCAACUGGCAGCAGCCGCCAAGGAGGAGCGAGCCAGUGUGGACGCCGAGGGCUCCCGGGUGGAGAGAGCUCCAAGCAGGAGCGCUUCACCAUCACCCCCUGAGAGCGUGGUGGACGAGGAGCGGCCAGGCGGCCUGGGCAGCAGCGGAAAGCCAAGAGCAGAGGACAAGGACCUUCCUGGGCCCUAUGAAAGUGAUGAAGAUAAGAGUGAUUAUAACCUAGUGGUGGACGAGGACCAGCCCUCAGAACCCCCCAGUCCUGCUGGAAGCCCCUGCGGGAAGGUGCCCAUCUGCGUCUCCUCCCGCCGGGAUUGUGUGGAUAGUCCAGCCUCCCUGGCCUCCAGCCUUGGCUCCCCACUCCCCAGAGGCAAAGAGCUCGGCCCGAGCGAUCUUCCGUCGGGCACCCCCGCUCCCAAGUCCUGUGAUCCUUCCCCGCCCGAGGAGGCAUCCACCCCCGGGCCCAGCUCUGCCAGCCAUCUCCGCCAGCUUGCUGCCAAGCCAAUGCCUUCCACAGAGAGCAUCGCCCUGAGGAGCCCCCUAGCCCUGGCCAGUCCCUUCCCUGCGUCUUUCAGCCUGGGCGCCCACGGUGCUCUGAACGGCGACCUCUCCAUGCCCGGGUCCUACGUCAGCCUGCACCUGCCCCCACAGGCCAGCAGCUCUGUGGUGUACGGGCGCUCCCCCAUGAUGGCAUUUGAGUCCCACCCACAUCUCCGCAGUUCAUCCAUCUCCUCCUCCCUGCCCUCCAUCCCUGGCAGCAAGCCGGCCUACUCCUUCCAUGUGGCAGCCGAUGGCCAGAUGCAGCCAGUGCCUUUCCCAUCCGACGCCCUGGUAGGCGCUGGCAUCCCACGGCAUGCGCGGCAACUGCACACACUGGCCCACGGCGAGGUGGUGUGCGCGGUCACCAUCAGUGGCUCCACGCAGCAUGUAUACACUGGUGGCAAGGGCUGCGUGAAGGUGUGGGACGUGGGCCAGCCCGGAGCCAAGACCCCUGUGGCCCAGCUGGAUUGCCUGAACCGGGACAACUACAUACGUUCGUGCAAGCUGCUGCCAGAUGGCCGGAGCCUGAUAGUAGGCGGAGAGGCCAGCACCUUGUCCAUCUGGGAUCUGGCUGCGCCCACUCCCCGCAUUAAGGCCGAGCUGACCUCCUCAGCCCCUGCCUGCUACGCCUUGGCUGUCAGCCCCGAUGCCAAGGUCUGCUUCUCCUGCUGCAGCGACGGCAACAUCGUGGUCUGGGACCUGCAGAACCAGACCAUGGUCAGGCAGUUCCAGGGCCACACGGACGGAGCCAGUUGUAUAGACAUUUCUGACUACGGCUCACGGCUGUGGACGGGCGGUUUGGACAACACGGUGCGCUGCUGGGACCUGCGAGAGGGCCGCCAGCUGCAGCAGCAUGACUUCAGCUCGCAGAUCUUUUCCCUGGGCCACUGUCCCAACCAGGAUUGGCUGGCCGUGGGCAUGGAGAGUAGUAACGUGGAGGUGCUACACGUCCGCAAACCUGAGAAGUACCAACUUCACCUCCAUGAGAGCUGCGUGUUGUCCCUCAAGUUUGCCUCCUGUGGCCGGUGGUUCGUGAGCACCGGGAAAGACAACCUGCUCAAUGCCUGGAGGACGCCCUAUGGAGCCAGCAUUUUCCAGUCCAAGGAAUCAUCCUCCGUGCUCAGCUGUGACAUCUCCGGGAACAACAAGUACAUCGUGACGGGCUCCGGGGACAAGAAGGCCACUGUAUAUGAGGUCGUCUAUUGAGCCCGCCUAUACUCGGUUUAGCCCCAGGGACUCUGGAGACCUCACACCCCGCUUCCCAGACCUUGUAGGUGAUCGCUUUGCAUCUCCCAUUCCUGGGGACCCUCUCAGUUCCCCUGCUGGAUCUGUGGCUGGAGGUGUAGGAGGCCCUUUGGGGGAAAUAAAUGUAUUUACCACA